AUUACACUCCCUGAAAUCAUCGACCAAAUUGAAAUCAACAUUUCCAGCUUUUAUCGUUUUUUCUCUUCAGAAAACUCUCAAUUCUCUUCCCUUUCUUCUCGACAGAAAGAGUGAAGAGACACAUUACAAAAACAAAAAAAACAUAAAAAACCUCAAAACCCAAAAAUCCCAUUUAUCAUUCAUCUAUCCUACUCAAAUCCCUAAAUUUAUUUUCCCCCAAUUUUUUCAAAAUUGCUCCCCCCAAAUCUAACGAACUGGAUUCAGGUGGAGGUAACGGUCAGAUCAGGUAUCGAUCGCCAUCAUCGGCGGAACUAUUUGCAGAAGGUCAAAAUCCGCCAUUGUUGUCAUCAAACCCAGUUGGAGUUUCAUCAUCUUCAUCACCUUCAUUAUCUGAUCAACCCCAUUUACAGGACGCACACCACUCGUUCGACAAAAUGCUUAAGAGAAAUAAGUACCAACAAGAGUCUUGUUUGGAUAAACUUUACAGAUUUCGUGGAGUUGUUCUUGUGAUUACACUCCCACUUUUGUUGAUCUCGUUUGUUUUGAUCAUGAUGCCAAGACCCACUGAUGAAGGGUACUCUCCUAGGAAGAUGAAGACUGAGUAUAAUCGAUAUGCUGUGAUCUUUGAUGCUGGCAGUUCUGGGAGUAGGGUGCAUGUUUUUUGUUUUGAUAAGAAUUUAGAUCUUGUUCCUAUUGGAAAUGAUCUAGAACUCUUUGCUCAGAAAAAACCAGGUCUAAGUGCUUAUGCGAAUGACCCUCAGGAAGCUGCCAAUUCACUAGUUUCUCUCCUAAAGCAGGCCGAAGAUGUUGUUCCAAGGGACUUGCUUGGGAAAACUCCAGUUAGAGUGGGGGCGACUGCAGGUUUGAGGCAAUUGGCUGGUGAUGCUCCUGAAAGAAUUUUGCAAUCAGUCAGGGAUCUGCUGAAGGAUAAGAGUGAUCUGAAAUCAGACCCAAAUGGGGUCACGGUCUUGGAUGGUACCCAGGAAGGGGCUUUUCAGUGGGUGACUAUAAACUAUCUUUUAGGAAACUUGGGGAAGAAAUACCCACGUACAGUGGGGGUAGUUGAUCUUGGAGGUGGAUCUGUUCAAAUGGCAUAUGCUGUUUCUGAGACUGACGCUGCAAAGGCUCCAAAGGUAUCAAAUGGUGAGGAGGCAUAUGUGAGGGAGAUGUAUCUCAAGGGUAGAAAAUACUACCUAUAUGUGCACAGUUACUUGCACUAUGGAUUACUAGCAGCUCGUGCUGAGAUUUUGAAGGCAGUUGGAGAUUCAUCAAAUCCCUGCAUUUUGGCAGGCUUUCAUGGGACUUACAAGUAUGGAGGUGCUUCGUAUGAAGUAUCAGCUUCUCCAACUGGUGCGGAUGUGGAUUCUUGCAGAGCAUUCACUUCAAAGGCUCUGAAAGUCAAUGAAACAUGUACACACAUGCAGUGCUCUUUUGGUGGUGUAUGGAAUGGUGGUAGGGGUGAUGGACAGAAGAAUCUGUUUGUUGCUUCAUUUUUCUUUGAUAGAGCAGCUGAGGCUGGUUUUAUUGAUUCAGAAAAGCCGGUUGUCACUGUAAGACCUUCAGAUUUCGAGGAGGCUGCUAAGCUUGCUUGUGGCACCACAAUUGAAGAAGGGAAGUCUAAAUACACACAUGUUGAAAGCGAUAAUCUGCCUUACCUAUGCAUGGAUCUCAUCUAUCAAUAUACGUUACUCGUAAAUGGUUUUGGCCUAGCUCCUUCGCAAAAGAUGACAUUGGUGAAGAAAGUACCAUAUGGAAAUUCUCUGGUGGAAGCGGCAUGGCCACUAGGAAGUGCUAUCGAUGUCAUGUCAUCUUUGGCUUAAUUAGGAAAUUCAUCGCCGUCGAGGCAAUUCCUCCCUGGCUAGUCUUUUUGUCGGAAUCGAGUCUCGACCAUGCUGUGCUAGUAUCAGCUGGGUCACUGGCUACCAGAAGUUUUGACACGGCCUCUUGUUCUACAGAUCUGUACCAAAUUGGUUUAGAAAAUUGUUGUUGGUUGGAUGACAUUGGAAAAUAACUUGGAUACCAGUGAUAUCUUCUUUCAUUAUUUUUUAUUGUAAUUAUAUUUUUAUACUAAAAUUCAAUCAACUGAUUGAUAAAUGAUCAAUUGAUAGUAAUUAGAUUAUUUCCAAUAGAAGAAUAUAUUAAGAAUGGCUGUGAA